CCUCCCGAAUAGCCGAAAGCAGAAACCCGAUCCCGUUCCCCGGACCCGCACAGAACAGAGAGGAGCACGUCCCACGCGCCGCCACUCGAUCCGCCGCUGACGUCCCUCCUCCGCCGCCGCGGCCACGGACGGAGGCUAGCCCGAGCAGCUACCGCACGUCCCUGCUCCGGUGCCCCCGCCGCCCCCCAUUCGAUCUCCCGGCGCGCGGACACCGGCGAGCUCCGAGGCGGCGGCGUAGCUGGCCUGAGCCCGAGCAGGAGCAACAACUCAUCCCGCUGCCCUCGCCCAAGCCGUUGGCCGUGAGCCCAGCCUCCUCCUCGUCCUGGAAAGGUCCUGCACAAGCGUGCUCAAGGGACUGUUCACUAGUUGUGGAAGAGCCGGUUAAGGAGAGGGAGAUCCGUUUUGUGGCUCGGCUCACACCAACGCACACCCCCUCCAGGUUUCCCCUGCGCCUCCGGUGACCGCUUCUUCGACUCCGGCAUAGGUAGGCCACUCGGUUUCUCUCCUUUGCUUCGUCUCAUGCUUUGUGUGCCAAUAGCCAUCAAGCCGUUGUAAAUUUUAUCCUGGGUUUUGGGUUGUGCUGAUGCCGGAGGAGCAGUAGGAGGAGUGUCGGCAACCCGAUGGCGUCCGGCUUCGGGUUCCCGAUACUGUCACCAGCGGAGAUCGCGGAGCAGCUGUUCCAGUACGGGAUCGCCCCCGUCGCCAACCUCCGCCCCGAGAACAUCGCCAGCCCGCAGCCUGACCUGCUCCCUGGCGUCCUCGCCCGCUUCUUCAACUCCUUCGUUGAUGCCCCCGGGGACGGCGAGGACGGGCUGCUAGGGUUCAGCGAUCUGGAGGUGCUGGACAACCCGGAGCACCACAUGGAGGCCAUCCGGGUGCUACGCCUCUACAACAAGUCGCAGGCCUUCCUCGACUCCAUCCAGUUCAAGGACUUCACGCUCGCCGACUUCACCCGCCCCACCCCGCGCCGCGUCGUCGAGGUCCUCAGCGCCCUCAUCAACUUCCUCUUCUACAGGGAGGAGAAGGUCACCCUCCUGCAGCCCAUCGUCAGCGAGACCCCCGACUACCACGAGCGCACUCUGGAGCUCAAGGCCAGGAUGGCCCAGCUUCAGAAGGAGAUCGCGGAUCAUGAGCUCGCAGAGCAGAUGGAGGAGCCCAUGGCCCAGCAGCUGGAAGCGGACGUCAAUGCUCUGCAGCAGAAAGUUCAGGUUUACAACAAGCAGCAACUGGCCCUGCGAGCAAAGGCCGCAGUCAUCAAUGACAAGAAAGAGGAGAUUCACAGGAAGAUAACCCAGGCUGAUUUUGAGUUGACUAAACAUGCCCAAGAAAACUCCAGAUUGAUGUCCAAAUUAGUAAAGUCCCCAGAAAAAGUUCAGAGGGCCUUGGAAGAGAAGAAAUCAGCCCGUGCUAAGUUGAAAGAGUCUGAGAAAAUAGCAAUGCAAAAUGAUCAAGAGAAAUCUGCCGCUUUGGAGAUACGCAAUAAGGCUCAUGAAAAACUGACGAAGCAACACUCUAAAAUCCAGGAUGUACAUGAACAGCUUGUUGCUGCUAAAACAGUUGAAAAGGAAGUUAAAGCUCGCAAAGCGAAGCUUAAUGAUGAAAGUGUAUCAGUUAUGUCAUUUGACGCACAGAUUGUUGAUUGGCAAGGAAAAGUACAUGAAAUGGAGGAGCGUCUCAAGGGGAAAGUCAAAGAAAGGAAUCAAAUAAUAGCAGAUGAAAAUCAGAAGCUGGGUGCUUUGAGCUCCGAGAUUGAGGGUAAACUGCAGUGCCUUGAACCUAGAGAAAAGAAAGUAGAGGCAACGAUCGCUAAGGCUUCAAAUUUGUGUUCGGAAGCUGCUUCAGCAAGGACUGCUGCCACAGCAGAACAGCAGAAAAUUCGUGCAAAAUUCAACAACAUUGUGAAGGCGUUCAACACCUACAUGGAUAGCGUUGACCCUUUCCUCGAGCGAGUUGAGGAGGUUGGCAGGCAAUCGGCAGGGGAAGGCGCCUCUGCCCCUGAUCAAUCUGCCGCCGUCACAACAAAAACCACACCGAGAGCCAGCGCAAUGAGCAAGAAGUCGAGGGCUAGGAAAAGGACAUGAGCUGUGCUUCUUGCCAACCCAGUACUCCCUUCGUCUCGGUGCAUAGGGCAUGCACGUAGUUCUAGGGUGAAUUUGACUAGCUAAAAAUGUGAUAUAUCUCAUCAAAAGCAUAUCAUUGGAUACAUAUAUGAAUGUAGUUUCUAAAUAUAUAUUUUUGUUACAUAUAAUACAUAUUAGCUGGUUAAAUUGAUGACCUAGAACUACGCACUUGCCCUAUGCACCCGGAUGGAGGGAGUACAUAUCUUUGUUUAUGUGUGUGCAUGAUGCUGUAGUAGUGCCUCCAGCUGCUAUUCAUGUGCUGAAUUAUGUAUGCGCUGGUUGGUUCGGAUCGGGGCUAGUUAUUGAUUGAGGUGACCGAAUGCUACGUGCUGAUGUUAUCUUCUAUGUAAAUAUACACCACAUUUUUGGCACUUCCAUUUUCGCUUCGGUUGUGACUUGUCAUCAGAUA